AUGCGGCGCUCAAUACGCAUCAACAUGAACUUACAGUGCUUCAAUAUAAACGAAAAUACUGGACGGAAUGCCAUUAAAAAUGUGGAACGUGCAGCUUUUCAAUUCUUGUUAGAAGGACCUGAUCAUAACAAGCCACUGAACUUCCUACGCUGCGUACAAUAUCCUAUAUUCACAGAGCUUCUUCGAGAUCAAGUGGAUAUUUUCGAUAGUACUUGGAAGUUAAACCAAGAUAUAAAGGGUGGAGCCUGGUGUCCAAGGUCCCAGAUCACGACCGAGUCAACAGAAUGGCUGGAAAUCGAUCUCCAUUCAGUGCACGUGAUCACGGGAACCGGUACACAAGGUCGGUUCGGGAACGGCCAGGGCCAGGAGUUUGCAAAGGCCUACGUCAUUGAGUAUUGGCGGCCCAAACUCGGAAAGUGGGUGAGGUACCGGACCGGCGACGGACAAGAGUUUGAAGUCACAACGGGACUCUUUAAUCAUUAUCAUUCGGCAGCGCGCCGUCGCCGCACCGCGCACCCUCAUGAUUAA